ACUUUGUUUGCAUUAUAUCAUCAUUAUUGCGAGCUUAAACAAAUACUAUGCUACUCUAAACCGUAGCAAAAUUUAAAGGUUAUUACCAACUCGAGCGUACACAUUUUAAGAUAUGAUAUAAUUCGGUCGGGAUUAAACGUCUUCUAAAACAGACAGGCAAUAAUUUUAUAGCACUUACGUUAUGGAUUGUAAAAUAGAAACCAGAAUGAAAUAAAAAAGAAAUGUCCAAAGUUUUGGAAAGCGGUUUUGUAGAACAAGUGGUGGAAUAGUUUAAUUGUUUGCUGUUUUUUUGUUGUUUUUUUUAUAAAAGAAAUAAUGCACUUUGUGAUUCAGAUGUAAUGGAUGUAUUUGGUGGAUUAGAUGCAAUGGUUGAAUGUAUUGUUGUAGAUACCGAUUUUAAAUUUGAAGAGAUUGACUACGUGUUAAAAAAAUAAUGAUUUAACCUAAUCGCAUUUUCAAACAACCAAUUGUUACUCCAACUGUUGUAAAUACCACAGUUAUUAAAUGAUAAUAUUAGGUUUAGCUAAAACAUUAUGAAAUGUCCAAAUUUAUAAAUCGGAGGAAUCCUCCGAAUACAACAUUAUCCCUGCGGACAAGCAAUAUUUUAGAACAUUUACAAUAUGGGAUGUCUGAUAGAAAAAAGGUUAAAAUUACUCAACAAUUGGGCCAAUAUUUAGAGGAAUUCUUUGUAAAGACAAAAUCAAUAACAAGUGGUGGAAUGGCAGAAUCGUCUAAUAUACCUGGACAGAGUGAUUCAGAUGUAAUGGGUGUAAUACGGGGAGUUAUUGUAGUAGAUACGGAUUGUAAAGUUGAGGAAGAUUUAAUCACAAUCAAAGCGGUAAGAACGGGUUGUUUACCUGGUUAUUGCAAACUUAAAUUCACAUCGAACCAAUAUGACUUUUUUAUGGCAAACAAAGAGAAUAUACCACAGGGAUAUUACGAUAUAUUAUUAAAAAGCACACAAAAAAUGUACGUUUCAAGUACACUUUUUUGCAAACAUGGAAUACCCAGAAAUCUAAAGCCUAAUGAAAAGGGAAAAAUUGAUAUUGAAUUUAACGGACCUGCGAUUACAAAUUCCAAUGUGGACUAUGUGCAAACAUUUGAAAUGCAAACCUGGCCGGAAGAAGCCAAAAUUUGGAAAGCACGCAAGCGAUCAAAUAAUUGGCCAAGUAUCAGUCUACUGAAUAGACUUGAAAAAGAGAUACCAUGCUAUGUAGCGCCUAUUGGAAACAAAAGAUCGCCUGAAUUUGAUUUAGAAUGGAGACUUUCUUUUGUAGAACUUGAACGUGAGUUGAUAUGGAGUUUGAACGAUACACAAUUUAAAUGCUAUAUUUUCUUAAAACUAUUGAAAAAUCUAUUAAGUGAACAUCGGAUAUUAGAGAAUAUAACAUCAUAUCAUUUAAAGAAUGUACUAUUUUGGACGUGUGAAACGCUACCAGAAAGUGAAUGGUUGCAUCGAAAUCUGAUCUAUUGUGUCAAAAAAUGCCUGAAAAUGCUCGAAGUUUGUAUCAGAGAUAAUAAACUAGAGCACUAUUUUAUUCCUGAAAAUAAUUUAUUUCAAAACAUACACUUUAAACUGAAAAGUAAUGACGAUACAUUUCGUAUGCUUCACGGCAAUAUAAACAAAAUAACGACAAUGUUAGCAAUAUAUUCUAAACAAGAGUAUCUGUAUCACACGCCGACGGACAUUGUUUUCUAUUCAGCACUGUUUGAGAUAAUUUGGACAUAUUGUUCGAUGUUGUAUGAUCCUACAAUUGUAAAUUGUUGUAUCAAGAGAUUCCCAGAGGCCGAGAUGCUAGCAUCAUGUAUAAAGAUCAUACAAGCCGUUACCAAAUGGCGGAGAGACAGGCUAACAAAGGUCUUUGAUCAGGGUUUGAGGCACACAGCUACACUAGUAAAAACGACUGUUAGCAUGAUAAAUGAAGGACAAGAUAUGGACUUCUCACAAAGCACUCUAAAUAUAGCUAUAGUUUACUUUAAGCAUGAGUUAUAUGAUAAAACUAUAACUGCACUUAAAACUCUCUUUGCAGAUAAAUCGAAGAAAGUGUUCGUAUCUUGUUUAGGACAACCAAGGUUUUUGUGUUUUGCUACUGGUGAAAUGAGUGAUUUGACCUCAAAAGCAAGGAAUGUAAAUAUACAUAUACCGGAUGAGAGAAAAAAAGUUGUCUAUCAGUUUGUUACAGAGUAUAAUUUGAAUGAUAUUUUACCAUACCCUUUUGCCCUUCAAUCAUAUAUAAAUUCAAAAAGAGACACCUUUCGUUACAACCCUGUGGUGGUUGCAUAUUAUCUUCUCUGUAUGUCUUACUUAAAGCUUGGUCACUUGGAUAAGUUUAAGGACGCGUUAAUGCGAUUUAAACAUGCAGUUAAAUUUAAUGUAAAUAGGAAAGAUUUCUACUUGUCACUUAUGCUUUUAGGUAAUUGUUUAUACUGUUCAGGUGACAUAAAAGCUUCAUAUAAAUAUUUUGCUGAAUCUAUGAAAGUUAAACCGUCUGUAUUAAAUGCUGCGAUCUAUCACAUAGCAUUUAUUGUAAACAAUUUGUGCAGCGGAACUCGCUGAUAUGUUGAUUAUAAAUUUGUAAAAGAAGAACACUCCCUGAAUAUUUUUUUCUAUAAGGGUCAAACCGUCUGAAUUAAAUGUCGUUGCCUAUCUCAUGGCAUUUAUUGUGAACAAUGUUCGCAGAGAAAGUUGAUAAAACUUUGACAGCAGAAUGUUUUUUUUCAAAGUAUUGUUAAAUUAUAACCUGCGAGUUUUGCUUCAUAAUAAAUCCGUCUUGUCGUA